AUGUGUGUGUGUGUGUUUGGGGAUUCACAUUCAGAUACAGAAACGUUUCCGGGCAGUGUGGAAACCGCGGACAGUCCGAAGGGCUCUUGGUUCGCCAUGGACACCGUAUCAGGUCGGGUCUCCGUGACCAUGGAGACUCUGCAGCAGCGAGCAGAAGUAGACUCGGACAUCAGCGACGACUUUCCCAGGUCGUCCAUUACACCCGCUGUAUUAGCUCAUCAGGGCCGACUGGAAGGACUGCUCAAGGAAUUCCAAGCCAACUCCACCAGAUAUCUGGGAUUUAAGGUCUUGGUCUUUGAGCCCAUCUCGGUAGCAGACCCCACGCAUCUCGGCAAAAGCGUGCGAUCUUACGAAGUUUGGCACUAUUGCAACAUGAUAUCCCCGCCAGAGCCGUCGAAUCCGAAAAUAUUAUCGCAGAAGACCGGUGGAAUCGGCAAUGCCGUUCCGCCAUUCUAUUGGCGAAAAGUUGCCUACGCAAGGGAAAUGUUUGCUAAAUUCAUUGAUGGUCGAAUGAUGGAGUUUAGAGCAGUGGACGAAGGCAAUUUCCAAGAUUACAAGCGGUCCCUUGUUGACGGACUUUUUGGCAUCCUCACUGAUAGAUACCAAAAUUACCCAGACAAGCAGCUGAAGCAGCAAAGCCCCAACUUCACAGACGCCGAGUGUUACUCCUACUCGGAAAUGUUGACAAGAUUGCGUGAGCGUAAUUACGGCACCAGGCUGCAAACCAUCAUACUCGUUGAUCACGACGACAAGGUUCAUUACAUUGAGCGAUUUUUCACGCGCGCGCCGGAAGACUUUCAGUACAGGGAGUCCAAUUUGUGGAUUUAUCUGCCACCAAUGCACGCAGAAAUCCGUGCUAAAAAGCUGAAGGACGAAGGAAAAGAGGAAUCAAGAGUGGAUGAAGAACAACCGCCAAGAACGCAGAUGUUCAGCGCCGAGGAAUCCAUGAGCCAACAUCAGGAUGCGCGGGGGAAUGAUUGAAAUCCCGCGUUUCAAGAAAAGAAUAAAUUAUGAUGAAGAACUG